AUGAAGGAGAAUCCUUUGCCGAAUCAUGGUAGUCAUACGGUGAAUGCUAUUAUCAAUGAGGAUAGUUUAAAAGUGGUCCAUUUGGUUGAGGAUGUGAGGACCCCAUGGUCGGUCAUUUCUAAGAGUAUGCAGAAGCACAAUGCAUUGGAAGGUGUGCACGAUAAUUGUGAAUUAUGUAAGACUGAGCCUGAAAGAUGCGAAAAACUCAAGGAUUGUGUCCAAGAGUUGAUGGAUCAGGGUGUCUUGCAAUUUUACAGAAAUAAAGCUAUGGGGGAAGUUUUAGUGAUCAAGCCCAUUGAAAUUAUUUACCGUAAGAAACAAGUUGAAGCUUCGAUCAAGAAGGUUCAGCCCAUUGUGUUCCAUGUUCCUUCACCAUUUCCGUAUCAAAAUUCCAAGGUUGUGUUGUGGAGGUAUAAUGAAACAAUAUUAGUUGGUGGGAAAGAAGUUCAGGUUCCUAGUGAAGAGAUAAUCAACAUAUCCGGUCCAACAGGGAUGACCCACAGCGGUCGAGUGUUCGUGCCAAAAUAUGCUCCAACAGUGGUUCCUACAACAGUUCCUUUUCCUCAGGCAGGGGCAUCAGUUGGUGUUCCUACCACUCCGGUUGAGACACCUGAUUCUUCAAAAAGGGAUAAUUCUUUAGAUUCAACAAUUUCUAAAGGGAAGGAGGCUCACAGAAAGGAUCUUCUUAAGGUUCUCAACACAACUCAUGUAAUGCAAGAUAUUUUAGUGGAUCAAUUUGGCGAUGUGAUAGCCAAUAGUUCUGUGAGCAAGUACUUAGGUUUCAAUGAGGCCGAAUUGACAGCUGAAGGGCAUAAUUAUAACAAAGCCCUACACAUUUCUGUAACUUGUACAAAUGCUCUAAUCUUAUGGGUCCUAGUUGACACUGGCUCUUCACUUAAUGUCUUGCCUAAAAGUAUAUUAAGUCAACUGCAGUAUGAGGAACCGAAGAUGAGAGCAAGCACUUUGAUUGUUCGUGCCUUUAAUGGAUCUCAGAGAGAAGUUAUUAGGGAAGUUGAUUUACCAAUAUGUGUGGGUUCCCACCAAUUUAAUAUCACCUUCCAAGUCAUGGAUAUCCACCCUACCUACAGUUACCUGUUAGAGUGGCCAUGGAUCCAUGCAACAGGCGCCGUCACUUCCAUUCUGCACCAAAAUUGA